CCUGGCUUCGCCAACCGCGUUGAACAAGGUCGCAGCACAAUGACGUCAUCUCUCCCUACCUACCUCCAAGGUGCCGCCUCACGCUCUAUGUCGCGCGCGCGCACUACGUCCUAUGGCUUGCGCGAGCGGCGGCUGGGCCCCGCCAUUUUGGCCGGUGGCCGUGAGAACACGCUGUGCGGCUGAAAAGUGAAGGCAAGAGCAGAUUUGGUCUGUGUGCUCCCCUCCGGAAGGGGAUCGUUGUCCCCAGAAGAGCUGGAUAUUCUUUCGCACAGUUAUGGCAGACAAAUUAACGAGAAUUGCUAUUGUCAACCAUGACAAAUGUAAACCUAAGAAAUGCCGACAGGAAUGCAAAAAGAGUUGUCCUGUAGUUCGAAUGGGAAAAUUAUGCAUAGAGGUUACUCCCCAGAGCAAAAUAGCAUGGAUUUCCGAAACUCUUUGUAUUGGUUGUGGUAUCUGUAUUAAGAAAUGCCCCUUUGGCGCCUUGUCAAUUGUCAAUCUACCAAGCAACCUGGAAAAAGAAACCACACAUCGAUAUUGUGCCAAUGCCUUCAAACUUCACAGGUUGCCUAUCCCUCGUCCAGGUGAAGUUUUGGGAUUAGUUGGUACUAAUGGUAUUGGAAAGUCAACUGCUUUAAAAAUUUUAGCAGGAAAACAAAAGCCAAACCUUGGAAAGUAUGAUGAUCCUCCUGACUGGCAAGAGAUUUUGACUUAUUUCCGUGGAUCUGAGUUACAAAAUUACUUUACCAAGAUUCUAGAAGAUGACCUAAAAGCCAUCAUCAAACCUCAAUAUGUAGACCAGAUUCCUAAGGCUGCAAAGGGGACAGUGGGAUCUAUUUUGGACCGAAAAGAUGAAACAAAGACACAGGCAGUUGUAUGUCAGCAGCUUGAUUUAACCCACCUAAAAGAACGAAAUGUUGAAGAUCUUUCAGGAGGAGAGUUGCAGAGAUUUGCUUGUGCUGUCGUUUGCAUACAGAAAGCUGAUAUUUUCAUGUUUGAUGAGCCUUCUAGUUACCUAGAUGUCAAGCAGCGUUUAAAGGCUGCUAUUACUAUACGAUCUCUAAUAAAUCCAGAUAGGUAAGUAGAGAUCUGGCAUGU